AUGCCUUCUCAGCAAUUCUACCUCCUUGGAGAGCCCGGCCCAGCAAAAGAAAUCGAGGUCGAUACCUCUCAAAGCAUCGAUGACCUGAAGGACCUAAUUGCCUCGCACUUCGCUAUCGUUGAGCCCACUGGCAUUAAUUUCCAGGGACAAGACAUUGUACUCACAGAUAUUGCGGAAGUCACCUCUUCCAAUGGUCCAGUCGCCAUUACCAUCGAUGGGCAUGGCGUUCGUGAAGUACCUGCUCCCAAGGGGUUACCAAUCGUUGGAAACUUCUUCCAAGUCUAUCCUGACCAUCUGGGCAAUCACCAGCGCCUGUUCGAGCAAUAUGGGCCUGUUAUCAAGACUGAAAACAUGGGUCGUCUCACCUACCAAACUAAUGACCCUAUUAUCGCCGCCCUUGCAUUCUCAGAGUCAGACUUCUUCACAAAAAAGAUCAAUGAGGCUCAUCCCCUUCAUGCUCUGAAAACCCCGGCUGCUGGUGUCUUCUUAGGUGAUACUGAUACCCCAGAGUGGAAGGUAGCUCAUAAGUUCUUACCUCCUGCACUGGGCCCUAAGGCUGUCCGUCACUAUGCACCUACAAUGCAAAAGACAGUGGAAGAUGCUUUCCAGGUGUUUGAUAAGCUAAGUGAGCAGGGUAAAGCCUGGAAUGUCUAUCAGUACAUGCUGAAGCUAGGUUCUCAGGCUGUUGGCAAGCUCACCAUUGGCUUAGAUUUCCAGCACUUCACUUCUCCUGAUGCUCCCCUUCAUGAGAUGGUCCAUCUUAUAGCUGAAAUUCUGUCGUUGAAUAAGAAGGUCACUUCCAAGGGUAACUGGUACGCUAGCUUGCCUUUCGGCGAUCCUAAGCGUCUCAAGGUCUGCAAAGCUCGCAUAGAGGAGAUGGUGGAUGAGUCCAUCAAGCAGGCUACUAGUUCUGGUAUUGAGGACCUUCCUCUCCAAGAUGCUGCGUUGAAAGCUUCCAACAUGGUUGACUACGCCAUCCGUGCUACCGACAACAAGGGUGAAAAGUUGCCCAAGGAAAGCUUGGUUUGGGCUCUGGUUGUCGCCACUGGUGCCGGUUUUACCACCACCAGCUCCCUUCUCUCCUGGCUGAUAUACGGCCUUGUCACCUAUCCUGGCAUGCAGGAGCGACUGCUUCAAGAAUUGAUCGAUCAUGGCUUUACUGAGGACACCCACAUGACUGCGGAUCUCACUGAUAAAUUGGGCUUCCUCGAUAAAUACAUCAAGGAGACCCAGCGCAGACAUAACCCAUCAUUUCAGCCAGGCCGUACGGCCAAGGUUGACCUGAUCCUGCCUGGAGGUUAUAAGAUUCCUAAGGACUCGGUAUUGAUUCCUGCUCUUCACCACAUCCAUAACAACCCUGAUAUCUGGGAUAACCCUGCCCGGUUUGACCCUGAUAGAUGGGAUACCGAGGAGGUUAAGAAGAGACACAAGGCCGCUUAUAUUCCCUUCGCCAUGGGCCCCCGCAUGUGCAUCGGCUUCAACUUCGCUCUUCAGGAGAUCAAGGUCUUCUUGCCUAAGCUCAUUUACCGCUACAAAUUUACUCGUGAAGGAGACAAUCACAUUGAAUACGACCCCAUGUUCCAGCUGAUCAGGCCCAACAACUUGUACGUCCGUGCGGAAAGAAGAUUUAAAUGGCCCCCAAAGUCGGCGAAUGCUGCCAAGGUGAACGCCUGA